GCCGCUCUGCGACGGAGCCUCAGAGCGAGCCCGGCAGGCUGACCAACCGCCAAGCCGUGCCGGGCUCUGGGGAAGGGCCCCCGCCCCAGGCCAGGCCACAGGAAGACUUGUUUGCUGACCUCGCGGUGGACACAGGAAGCAGAAGGAAGCCCUGGGGGAAGAAUCCUGAAGGGAAGCUGGAGUGGCUCUGAAGCUCGUCUCCUGUGCUGGACGGCUGCUUCGCAGGGACGCAGGAGGCCUCCCAUGGAUCCAGAUUGCUACGCCAGCAUGCAGGUGGGGAUGCGUGUGGUCCGAGGGGCGGACUGGAAAUGGGGCAACCAGGACAACGGCGAAGGCAACGUGGGCACCGUGGUGGAGAUCGGGCGGCAGGGCAGCCCCACGACCCCCGACCGGACAGUGGUGGUCCAGUGGGACCAGGGUACCAGGACCAACUACCGGACUGGCUUCCAGGGCGCCUACGACCUUCUGCUCUAUGACAACGCCCAGAUAGGAGUCCGGCACCCCAACAUCAUCUGUGACUGCUGCAAGAAGCACGGGCUGCGGGGCAUGCGCUGGAAGUGCCGGGUCUGCUUCGACUAUGACCUCUGCACUCAGUGCUACAUGAACAACAAGCACGACCUGGCCCACGCCUUCGAGCGCUAUGAGACCGCACACUCACGCCCAGUCACCGUGAGUGCCCGCCACAACCUGCCUCGCAUCACCCUGAGGGGCAUCUUCCAAGGCGCCAAGGUCCUCCGGGGCCCAGACUGGGAAUGGGGCAAUCAGGAUGGGGGUGAGGGGAAGCCGGGCCGUGUGAUCGACAUCCGCGGAUGGGACGUGGAGACAGGGCGCAGCGUGGCCAGCGUGACCUGGGCCGACGGCACGACCAACGUCUACCGUGUGGGGCACAAGGGCAAGGUGGACCUCAAGUGUGUGGUGGAGGCGCCGGGCGGAUUCUAUUACAAAGACCACCUCCCCCGGCUAGGCAAGCCCGCCGAGCUGCAGCGGAAGGCCAGCGCCGAGAGCCCACCCUUCCAGCAUGGAGACAAGGUCAAGUGUCUGCUGGCCAUGGAUAUUCUCCGCGAGAUGCAGGAGGGCCACGGAGGCUGGAACCCCAAGAUGGCCGAGUUCAUCGGCCAGACAGGGACAGUCCACCGCAUCACUGACCGGGGCGACGUGCGGGUCCAAUUCAAUAGUGACGCCCGCUGGACCUUCCAUCCCGGUGCCCUGACCAAGCAUAACACGUUUUGGGUUGGUGAUAUGGUUCGGGUCAUUGAGGACCUAGAGACGGUGAAGCGCCUGCAGGCCGGCCAUGGGGAGUGGACGGAUGACAUGGCCCUGGCCCUGGGCCACAUAGGGAAAGUGAUGAAAGUUUUUGGGGACGGAGACUUGAGGGUGUCCAUUGUCGGAGGUCAGUCCUGGACUUUCAACCCUGCCUGCCUGAUGGCGUACCACCUGGAGGCCGAUGCCAACCUGAACGCCACAGAAAGUGCCAAGGAGCCAAAGAGCUCCCUGGGAGCUGUCCUAGAGAAGCUGCUCACCCAGAAGAGUGACCCCGAGCAGCCGGGAAGGCUGGUGACCGAGGUGGCUCACGGCAAUGUUGCCAGGGUGCUGGAACUGGUGAAGAGGCACCCGGAUAAGGUGGACGUCAGAAACCAGGGCCGGACGGCCCUCCAGGUGGCCUCCUACCUCGGCCAGGUGGAGCUGGUGCGGCUGCUGCUGCAGGCCCACGCGGGCACGGACCUGCGGGAUGACGAGGGGGACGCCGCGCUGCACUAUGCGGCCUUCGGGAACCAGGCCGAGGUGGCCCGGGUGCUGGUGAGCCGCGGAGCCUGCAUCAACCUGAUCAAUAAUGCCAAGUGCACCGCCCUGCAUGUGGCCGUCCGCAAGGGCUUCCUGGAGGUGGCGGGCGCCCUGUGCGAGCAAGGCUGCGACGUCAAUCUGCCUGACAUGUGUGGAGACACCCCCUUGCACUGUGCCAUCUCAGCAGACGCCAAGGGCAUCAUCGAGAUCCUCACCGAGGUGCCCACCAUCGAUUUCACCGCCUCCAACUGCCAAGGCUUCAACCUUCUCCACCACGCAGCCCUCAAAGGCAACACGCUAGCCGUCCGGAGAAUCUUGGCCCGGGCCCGGCAGCUAGUAGACUCCAAAAAGGACGACGGCUUCACAGCCCUCCACCUGGCUGUCCUCAACAACCACCACGAAGUGGCCGAGACCCUCAUCAAAGAGGGCCGCUGUGACGUGAACCUCCGCAACAACCGCCACCAGCUGCCCCUCCACCUGGCCGUGACCCAGGCCCACGUGGCGCUGCUGCCCCUGCUGGUGGGCGCCGGCAGCGAAGUCAACGCGGAGGACGAGGCGGGGGACACGGCCAUGCACAUCGCCCUGGAGAAGCACCAGCUGCUGGCGCCGCCCAGCGAGGCCGCCGGUGCCGACGAAGGGGCCGCGCUCUUCUCCAGGGUAGGACCGGGCCUCCGCGGCAGCCCUGCCCCCUCCCUCGCACCCGGGCCCAGGGAGCCGCGGGAGGUCUGGGGCCCCCAUCCUGGUGCAGCUGAUGCCUCCCCGCAGGCUCCUCCCCCUCCCCACAGCAGCGAGGUGGCGAGUGGCCUGUCCGGGCUGGAGUCAGCCGGGCAGCGGCAGCUGAUGGAGGAGCUGCAGAGCCGCUACCGGCAGAUGGAGGAGCGCAUCACGUGCCCCAUCUGCAUCGACAGUCACAUCCGCCUGGUGUUCCAGUGUGGCCAUGGCUCGUGCCUCGAGUGCAGCUCAGCGCUCAGCGUCUGCCCCAUCUGCCGCCAGGCCAUCCGCGACCGCAUCCAGAUCUUCGUGUGA